CCCCCUACCCCACCCUACCACCAUUACCCCCCCUCCCUUUACCCUGCCUCUGCUGCUGCCUUCCAUCCUCAUCCUCAACCUCAACCUCGACCUCAAAAGAGAUGUUUGAUCUCAAUCUCAGCGCCGAUCACAUCGCGAAGGCGAAUUUCACCGCGGAACCUUCAGAAUUCCGAUCGCCGGCGACGUCUCUCUCCUCCGCCGUGAAUGGCGGCGAUGGAGAGACAAGCUCCAGCAACGACACGCGCUCGGCGUCGCCGGUGACCCGGCAGCUAUUUCCGAUGACGCGACUCGGCCGGUUGGAUUUGGGGAGACAGACCGGUGGAGCGGUGAACCGGGUGGUACAACAAGAGCAGCACCAGGUACAACGCGGUCAAGCGAAUAAGAAGAGCCGGCGGGGCCCACGCUCUAGAAGCUCCCAGUACAGAGGAGUAACUUUUUAUAGACGUACAGGCAGAUGGGAAUCCCAUAUUUGGGACUGUGGGAAACAAGUUUAUUUGGGAGGAUUCGACACUGCUCUUGCUGCCGCUAGAGCAUAUGACAGAGCAGCAAUUAAAUUCAGAGGCAUCAAUGCUGAUAUUAAUUUUGAUCUAUGUGACUACGACGACGACAUUAAACAGAUGAGGAAUAUGUCGAAGGAGGAAUUUGUGCAUAUACUCCGGAGACAAAGCACGGGAUUCUCGAGAGGAAGUUCCAAGUAUAGAGGAGUGACACUACACAAAUGUGGCCGAUGGGAGGCCCGAAUGGGACAAUUUCUUGGCAAGAAGUACAUAUAUCUUGGGCUAUUCGAUACUGAAGUAGAGGCUGCAAGAGCCUACGACAAGGCGGCCAUCAAGUGCAAUGGGAGAGAUGCAGUCACAAAUUUUGAAUCCGGCACUUUCAAUGGCGACAAGAUGGAAUCACAGCCACACAUAGAAGAUGGAUUGAGGGGUGUUGAUUUGAAUUUGGGGAUGCCAACAGCUUCCGGCAGCUGUAAUCCUUAUGAUGCUCAAGAUUCGACAGCGUUUAAGGAAAUUCACCAGACACCGCCGCGAGCAAAUGCAGCAUCAUCAGGAUUCUCGUCGCAGGCUUACUCCGACUCGACGGCGUCGCCAUAUUCGACACCUGUUAGUUUCUGUUUCUCUUCUUGCAAAAGCCCAUCCCAGAUCAGGCAAUUCUUGCCUUGAUGAUUCACCUUUGUUUAUUAUUAUUAUUAUUAUUAUUAUUAUUAUUAUUAUUAUUAUUAUUAUUAUUUUGUUUGUUGAUCUGUUGACCAAGAUUGUAGCCUCAUGGUGUAAUUUUUGUUGGUACUGAUUUGGGAAAAUGGAAAGAAAGGUUUCAUAACAUGAUAAAUAGUACCAGGAAUUGAUGGCUCAAACAUAGAAUCCUACGCCAUUUGAGGUUCCUAAGUUGGCCUGUGAUGUAGUAUUACUGCCUCCAUCUUUAAUUUGAGAUAUUUUAAAAUUCAUGCAAC